CAUUGAAGCUACAACUGACUACCACUCCCUCCUUCCAGACACUGCAGCAGAUCAACUCGUUGGUGCACAGACGGGGCAAAGCAUCGCAGGCAGGGCCAGGGAUGAGCAUUCCCUGUGGUGGUCUCCUGCUUUGGCUGAUGUCUGCAGCUGUUGGUGCCCUGGACGUGAAGGCCCCGGAGUACCCGGUCAACGCCAGCCUGCGGCAGCCGGCCUGGUUACCGGUACAGGUGGGCGCCCUGCCCCCGGACGCCGAGAUCACCUGGAAAUUCAUGGGCAAGGGAGGGACCUCCUCUUCCAACAUCGUUCGCUACGAAGCCAAGGAGAAGCGAAUUAAGUACUUCAAUGGCAGGCAGUUCGAAGGUCGGGUGAAGCUGCUGGACAACUUUACCCUAAGGAUCGACAGCGUGAGGCUGGUGGAUGUGGGGACGUACACCGUGUCGGUCACUACCCCCACCGAGGAGCAAGCACACGUGUAUCUGCAGGCGUACGAGCCGGUGUCUGGAGUCAGGGUGGAGAUGGCCAACAGCAGCUUGGGCCACUUCUGCAACUUGACCCUCAGGUGUUCCGCUGCGGCCGGAGACGAGCUGAACUUUGGCUGGAGCCCCGGGGCCGGCUCCCCCCUCGGGCAGGUGUCCGACGGGGGCGACGAGCUCCUGCUGUCGCUGGGGGCCUCCGACAGAAUCGACUACGCCUGCACGGCGUGGAAUCCCGUCAGCCGCCAGUCCGCCAACUUCACCAGGGAACGUGUGUGUGAGCAGCAUUCAGUUUCCAUGAAUCGUGUGAUCGUCAUCGUAGCCAUCGUUUUGUCCAUCUGUGUAUUUCUCUGUAUCAUAUUUGCCAUGUAUAUAUUCUGCAGACGCCGCCAGAGUGUCUCCCUUCCAGGUAGGAGAUGUGGACCCAGACAUAACGGAGCAAGUGUCUGCAAUGACUACGAGAACACCACCCCUCAGAGCCAGGUUGAAACAGUCUAUGCCACUGUUCAUUUGAAUUACAGUUAGUGAGCAGCUCUUGGUCUUGACAGUGGCCACACCAGGUCCAUGCAAGGCUACGGACAGCCCCCAGCCUAUCCCCUUCCCCACCCCACCCACGGUGACCAGGACCCAUUACCCCGCCACUCCUGAGAGGCGGACAGCAACUGCACCAACCCGCCCCUCUACCGCAAUGAGGGGAAGGAACCAACUGGAUAUCUCACAGGUUGCCUCCACGAGGGGGGCUGAAGAUACUUGGCUUUGCUGACCUGCCUUGGCCACUGCAGCGUUGGUGCAGUGUGGUGAUGGGAGAGACGAUCAAAUAGCGUCUCUGUCUCCAGAGAUGGCGGGGAUGCACUCAGCCUGGGGAGAGGAGCAUUCCAUACCACUCCUGACUUGUUCCUUUGUACAUGGGGGAAUUCCUGGGGUGUCCAGAAGUGAGUCACUCGCCACGGGAAACCUGCGAUGGAGGGAGAGAACAUCCAGCUCUCAUUGAUGAGCAGACUGAGGCUUUCCCGAUUCCUGGAACCACUGGAUCAUGGAACCCUUCAAUGUCAAUCCCCAGGGAUCUCCCAACACAGAAAGCAUUUUACCGGGAUGCAUCACAACAUGGCUUGGGAACAGCUCCUCCAUCCAAGACCGCAAGAAAUCAGAGUUGUGGAAAUGAUGCAAACCAGCCUCCCUUCCAUCUACACUUCACGCUGCCGCGAUGAAGCCAGCAGCAGCAUAAUCAAGGAUGAGUCGCACUCUGGCCACUUGCUCUUCUCUCCACUCUCAUCAGGCAUGAGGUGGAGGUGUGAAAACGCAUACCUCUAGAUUCACUGAUAGUUCUACCCACCUGUUAUCAGCCAACUGAAGACCUCUCAUCAGCUCGAGUGCAGUAUUGACCUAUCAUCUACCUCAUUGGAGACCCUCAGUCGGACUUUACCUUGCAUUUAACAUUAUUCCCUUUAUCCUGUAUCUGUGUAUUGUGGACGGCUCGGUUGUAAUCAUGUAGUCUUUUCGCUGAAUGGACAGCAUGCAACAAAACCUUUCACUGUAUCUCAGUACACGUGACAAUGAUAAAUACUCCCAGCUCAGCUUAUGCUCUUGGGGAAAGCUUUGUGCAGAAGGGUAUCAUUCUUUGAUUAAAAUGACUGUCAGAA